GUCACAUUUAAGAGGGUGACCAAGAGAGAUGAUAUCACCAUUAUAAAUUUACAAAUUUUACUUUUUCUUUUAAUAUUUCUUCCUUUUUAGAUCUUUAAAAACAAGACAGAGAGAGGGAGCAAGAAGGACAGAAGGGGAAAAAGCUAUUUUUUUCUAUCACAGAAGAGCUGCUAUAGCAGAUUGAGCUUUCUGUACUUGUGAAAUGACACGCUCCUUGCAACAGUUGCUUCAAGACUACAUAGCAAAGCAGCGCAUUCACAAAAACCGUCUGGUAACCAAGGAUGGACACUGCAACAUUGAAUAUGGCAACAUGAGGUACAGCAGUCGCUUUGCAUAUGUGCAGGAUUUCUGGACAACCUUUGUGGCGAUACGGUGGCGUUUCAUCAUUUUAUUAUUUGUGGCCUCCUUCACUCUUAGUUGGUUCAUUUUUGGACUGAUUUGGUACUGGAUUGCUCAUGAUAAUGGUGAUCUUUGGUGGCAAAAUCCACCUUCAGACCACAAACCAUGUAUAUAUAAUGUUUUUGGUUUAACAACUGCCUUCCUUUACUCACUUGAAACACAGAUGACUAUUGGUUAUGGAAUGCGAGUGCUCAGUCCAUACUGCCCUGGUGCUGUCGCCCUAAUAAUUAUCCAGUCCAUCGUUGGGUUAUUUAUAAACUGCUUCUGGUGUGGACUGGUUAUGGCCAAAAUUACUUUACCCAAGAAAAGAGCAAAGACCAUUACUUUUAGCAAAAUGGCAGUUAUUUGUCCCAAAAAUGAUGCCCUGUGUUUGCAGAUAAGAGUGGCCAACUUGCGCAGGACAUUAAUGAUUGGAAGCCAGCUAUAUGGCAAGAUGCUUAGAACAACAGUAACUCCAGAAGGUGAGACCAUCAUUCUGGACCAGGUCAAUAUAGAUUUUAUGGUUGAUGCUGGAAAAGACAACCUCUUCUUCAUUUGUCCUUUGACUUUGUAUCAUGUAAUUGAUAAGACAAGUCCAUUUUUUAAAUUUGAUCUGGACACACUUCUCCAACAAGAGUUUGAGCUUGUGGUAUUUUUGGAUGGCAUAGAUGAAUCCACCAGCUCCUCCUGCCAAGUCAGGACCUCUUACAUCCCACAGGAGAUUAAGUGGGGUUACAAUUUCCUCCCCAUCAUCUCCCGCAGUAAAGAAGGGAAAUAUCAUGUGGACUUCUCCAAUUUUGACAAAGUGGAGCCAAUUUCAACUGCACACUGUGCUCGCUGUUUCUACAAUGGGCAAAGCCAGCAUCACAGCCCUAAAAAUGGCACUGAAAAUGCAGGGUUUGAAAUGAUUGAAGUUGAUGAUCGAAUCAGUAGUACCAAUAUGUAAGAAAGCACCCUAUAUAGAUAGAUAGAUAGAUAGAUAGAUAGAUAGAUAGAUAGAUAGAUAGAUAGAUAGAUAGAUAGAUAGAUAGAUAGAUAGAUAGAUAGAUAGAUAGAUAGAUAGAUGCCCUAGGUUUCCAUUUUAAGUACAAUAACUCAAACUUAAGAGAAUGUUUGCAUCAUGAUCCAUUCUGACUAUUUGUAGCAUAUAGUAAAUAAAAAGCUGUGCAUUAGAAAACAAAAACAUUUGGUUAACUUUCACUGAUGUUACUCAAAGGGAUGUGUCUGAUACACAGUGCUUUUCUCAAUGUGCCCUAAUUUUAUUUCCAAAUACCAGACCCAAAUGAGCUGGCAACUAGUUAGCUAGUUAACCUAAAUAGCUAAACAAUAUUUAAAAUGAUUUUUAAAUAAUCUAAUCAAGCUCAAUCCUAGUAGUGCUAAGAAAUACACCUCUGUUUGGGUUACUGUCUGUGUAGGGCUUCAAAGUUUCCCCUUAUGUUUGUAUGUGUUCCUUUAGGUUUCCUUCCUACAAGGUACUGUACAUCCAAGGUGUAGCUUUGUUCCCAGAGUUUCAAGGAUAGGUUCAGGCUCCACUGUGAUAUUAUACAUCUUUGCUCUUUGAUUGUAUAAAUUGUGUUUCUGUAUUGAAUGUUAUUAGUAAAUUUGCGACAUUGUAUUUGGGACAUUGUAUAUGUAUCUUGUACAUCUUGUAUUGUACAAGAUGUAUUCCUAGUAAUGGGGACUGUCGUUCUAGAAUAUUAUUUUAUUUUAUUAUGCAAUAUUUACAAAAUUUAAUUGGUAAAGUGACAUUUUUAUUUGUUGUAAUGUAAUUUAAAUGUAUAUGUGUAUAUGUCUUGUAAAAGAAUUAUUGCUACAGUAUAUCUAAAAUAUCCUUAUAUUCUUAAAAAUAAUUCAA